AUGAAGCAGCUUCAAGAGGCUCUGGUUGAUAUUGAGACUGAUGCAGAAAAGGUCCUUCUGGCUAGGCAUCAGUUGGUGGAAAAUGAUAAGAUAAGAAAUGGUAACAGGGAGGCGCUGACGGCCCUCCGGAAACAAGCUAGGACAACGAAGACUAGCGUGCCAUCUCCCUUUGAGGUCAUAAUGAAAGAGAUGGAAGGAAGUUCUGGCAAGCAGCUGAUAAAGGAGAUAUGCCCAACUUGUGGAGAUCAUGACCCCAAGGAACAUACUUGGCUAAUGUUUCCUGGAUCAGAUAUUUUUGCCCGUGUUCCAUUUCAUGUCGCACACACUGUUGUGGAAAAAGACCAAGAACGCCUGGAUUUGGAUACCAAGAAGCUGCAAAGCUUUGUCAAGGAGAAAUCGCUUGUGAUUGCCGAGAAAGGCGCCCUAGCAGGCAAAUUAGGGCCCACGUGUCAGCGUUCUGGUCGCAGAAUCGCCUCUUCCUGUCCGCCGUCCGCCGGAGCACCGCCGCACCGGAACCGUCGUACGCCUCCGUGCCCUCGCUCGCGGAGGCGUUGCCGCGGGCCGCAGCGCGGUUCCACCUCGGUGGCCGGCGGAGCUGCUGCCUGGCCACAAGAAACCGUCGCUCUCCCAGCUUUGUACCGGUUCCGAUCAGAAUAUCCGCAUCACGGAGAAGCCCCCACCUCGGGAGUCUCUCGUCACCGCGAUGAAGGUGGAGCUCGCCGCGCGGACCUCCCAGACGAGCAAGGCGGGGAGGAGACCCCGCCGCCGUCCCCGUCAUCCGCUGCUGCGUCGCCCCCGGCGGAGGAUGCGCCGCUCCUCCCCGAUGCGGGCGUGCGGCGCCGGCCGGCGUGCGGGCGGUUCGCGCAGCGCAGCGGCUCCUUCCGCCGCGAAGUCGGCCGGGCCGCCGCCGAGACCUUCCUCCUCACAAGGCUCACUCUGAUCCUCCUCCGCUACCUCGGGAUAGGCUACAGAUGGAUCCGGCAGUUCCUAGCCCUCUGCUGUUAUACCCUCUUGCUGAUGCCAGGUUUUAUUCAAGUUGUAUAUUAUUAUUUCUUCUCUAGCCAAGUUCAUAGAAGUGUUGUAUAUGGAGAUCAGCCAAGAAACAGACUGGACCUGUAUAUGCCCACUAGUACGACAGGGUUAAAGCCAGUUGUGGCAUUUGUGACUGGUGGAGCGUGGAUCAUAGGGUACAAAGGGUGGGGAGCCCUUUUAGGCAGACGCUUAGCAGAAAGAGGCAUCAUAGUUGCAUGCAUUGAUUACAGAAACUUUCCUCAGGGGACUAUUGGUGACAUGGUAGAAGAUGCUUCUCAAGGAAUAGCUUUUGUCUGCAAGAAUAUAGCAAGUUAUGGAGGUGAUCCUAGCAGGAUAUAUCUUGUUGGACAAUCAGCUGGUGCACAUAUUGCUGCAUGUGCUCUCUUAAAUCAGGCCAUUAGAGAAUGUGGUGAAGGAGAUACUUCCUCUUGGAGUGUAUCACAGCUAAAAGCUUACUUUGGUAUUUCUGGCGGGUACAACCUCCUUAACUUGGUUGAUCAUUUCCAUAGACGUGGCCUUUACCGGUCCAUCUUUCUCAGUAUUAUGGAAGGUGAAGAAUCACUCCAGAAAUUCUCUCCACAAGUGAUGAUUAUGCAAUCAUCUGCUAGGUCUGCAGUUUCUUUAUUGCCUCGUAUCAUCCUUUUCCAUGGGACAAGUGAUUAUUCAAUACCUUCAGUUGAAAGCCAAGCGUUCAUUGAUGCUUUACAACAGCAAGGUGCAAAAGCAGAUUUAUUUCUGUAUGAAGGGAAGACACAUACUGAUUUGUUCCUUCAGGAUCCUCUUCGGGGUGGCAGAGAUAAAAUGCUCGAAGAGAUCGCCGGUGUGAUACACAGUGAAGAUCCAGACGUGUCUGCCCAGCACCUCGUCGUGCCUGUUGCAAGGCGUCUUGUUCCUGAGUUCAUGCUGAAGCUUGCUGGGAAAGUAAGCCCUUUCUGA